AAAAUAAUUAUUUUCUGGUCCCAGUCUUUAUAUGCCCUGGAUUACACAUAUGUUUUUUUAGGAUUUAAAUGAUAAUUUUUCAUGCAAAGAAAACUAAAAAUUCAAAGAAAAAAAGUUUGAUAAUUCUAGGUUUUAUGUGAGGCCGCUUUGUGAACUACAGCUCUUCGCUGCUCUCGACGCAUAUGAUAUACGUCACCACACCCGAUUGUUUCCCUCAUUGGUCAGCCUCACUUUACACAGAAAGAAAAUGUCCCUGAAACGUAAAUGUACAGAUGGUUCGUCCGUACCAAAGAUGAAAACAAAGCAAUAUCUCGAGAGAUACAUCGAUUUUGGUUUUAUGGAAGGACUUGACAGUUUACGGCCAGAAUGUGUCAUUUGUGGCGAGAAGCUAGCUAAUCAAAGCUUGAAACCAUGCAAACUGAAACGACACCAGGAGACCAAACACCCCGAGACUAUUGGUGAAAGUCGAGAAUAUUUUGAGAGCAAGAAGCAAUUGGCACUAUCAAGAAGAUCCACGGACAUCAGAAAAGCUUUUGAAAAAGCAGGUACUGAAGAUUUACACAGAGCCACGGAGGCGUCAUUUGACUGUUCACUGUUAAUUGCGAAGGCUAAAAAGCCGCACAAUAUUGGAGAGCAGCUAAUCAAACCCGCCCUCCUGAAAAUCGUAGAGAGGAUGUGUGGACCGCAAGCAGCUGAUAAAGUGAAAACUGUCCCACUCUCGGACCACACUGUGAAAGACAGAAUUGAUAAAAUGGCUGCAGAUUGCCAAAACCAGCUGCACGAGAAGCUGAGGAAUGCUAACUUUGCCAUUCAGCUGGACGAAACAACAACCGUGUCAGACGAGGUCGUUCUCAUUGUUUAUGUGCAGUAUAUUGAUGGCGAGGACUUGAAACAAGACAUUCUUAUGUCUACAAAUCUAUCAACAACAACAACCGGCCAGGAUAUAUUUCUGGCUGUGGACUCGUAUCUCUCAUCCAACAAUCUGCCCUACGAAAACCUGGUUGCAUGUUGCACUGACGGAGCCGCAGCAAUGAUGGGGAAAAACAACGGGUUUAACAGCCGACUGAAGGAAAAAGUCCCAGGGUGCGUGAUUUUCCACUGCAUGAUACAUCGGCAAGCCCUGGCGAGUAAAAAACUUUCCGAAGACCUUAGUAACACCCUGUCAACUGUUGUUAAAGUUGUAAACUUUAUUAAAGCUCGCCCAACAAACAAGAGACUCUUUGCCCAGCUGUGCGAGGAUGAAGCGCAUCAAACACUUCUGCUACACACGGAGGUGCGCUGGCUGUCGCGUGGACAAGUGCUUGUGCAUUUUAUGGAACUGCAAGAAAAAAUUAAGGAAUUCUUACAAGAUCACAAUCGACCACUGUGUGAACAGCUGACUGAUGCGUUUUGGAUUAAAACGGCGUACCUGGCGGACACGUUCGCGCUCUACAAUGAGACGAACAAGCGAAUGCAGGGACCUGAAUCAAACGUCAUGCAGUGCAAAGACGCCCUGGACGCUUUUUCGCGCAAACUGGAUUACAGAGUUCAAAAAAUGUCAAACGGGGAAUUACAUCACUUUCCACUGCUGCUGAAACAGUCUGCUGGCACUGUAUGUGCGUCUUUACGCACCGAGUUUACCCGCCACCUGAACCUGCUACGCGAGGAGAUUAAAAGCCGCUUCGCAGACAUCAGUGAGUACUUAUCAAAGGAAGCGUGGGUAGUGGACCCCUACACUUUCACCCUCAAGGAUGUGGAAUACCUCGGCUGUGAAGAUGAGCUUUGUGAUCUUCAGGCUGACUCUGUGGCAAAAAAAUACUUACAGGAGAACGGAUUCCAAAAGUUUUGGAUUGUCAAAGGACAUGCUGUUGCUCCCAGACUGGCCAAACACGCAGUAAGGAGGGUUAUUCUGCCAUUCAGCACUACAUACCUGUCUGAGACAGCAUUCAGUGCCCUUGUGACAAUAAAAACAAAAGCCAGAAACAGACUUGAUGUCCACCAGGACUUUAGACUGGCUGUCACAACCAUCACACCUGACAUCGCAUCCCUGGUCAAAGGUAUGCAAGUCCAAGGUAGCCAUGAUUAGUUUAUGAAUGAAUUAACUGGCACAGAGUAAAAAAAACGUAAGGAAUAACUUGUUUACUGUUAUUGAUGUUUACUGUUCUUGUAAUUAUUACACAUAAACGUGUAUAGCUGUGUCCCAACCUUCACUGACAUGAUGUGCAUGUGAAUAUCAAAAGACUACCCCUGUUUUGUUGUCUGAAUGAGAUCUGUGACAGCUAUAUGUAUAAGCCAAAGUGCUUAAACACUACUGAAAGUAUAUUCCCUAUGUAAGAAGGUGUGUGUGUGUCCACUGAAAAGAGAUAGUUAAAUGUCCUUGCAGUUAUAAUUUCUGUUCAUAUUUUUAUACUGUGUGUGUGUGUGUGUGUGUUGUAAAAGCAGGAGAAUAAGAACAAAAGCCUACAACUGCUGUUUAUUUUUGCAAAUAAAAGUUUGUAAUUAA